GCACAAAUAGCCUGUUGACGUUUUCAAUUAAUAGAUUCAGUGUUCCCGUCUUUUUCUAUCGGCCUGUUGGAAACUGAAAGAAAUAUAUAAAUUACCGCCCAGACACUAAACCAAGUUAAAAACUUCACUUUCGUUGGCUUGACAUGAAAUUCUAUGCAUGCAUGAAACUGUGCGAUUCAAAAUGGCGCGUGAUCCUGGUUUCUUAAAAAUAAGUGUAAUAUAAUAAACCUUUUAUAUAAGUGGAAGGUGGAACUGUUAGGUGUAAAAUAGCCUUUGAAACACUGCAUGUUAUAUAGAUAAAAAUAAAAAACAGUCAUUAAGCUACUGCAAUCAUGACGAACAUGCUACAACCAGAACUGGAUAUUGAUUUAUCAAAUCUUGAUAUCAAGGAAGAACCUAUAGACAUUUACCCAGAAGAUUCGGCAGAUCUACUUUUCCUGGAUCUAAAUAUCAAAGAAGAGAUAAAGGAGGAAAUAGCAGAUACAUAUUUUAACAACAAUGUGACAGAUGAACAAUAUGCAUCAAUAGGACAGCCAAAUACUGCGAACUUAGACCAUUUCAAUCACGAUCAUGCAUCAUUAUUUAUGAAAGAACAACCGAACGAACUAUCUACUACUGAAACUGAUAGUGAUAUAUCUAUAAACGAUAUAUUAUCACCAAAAGCUCCUUUAACGCAACUUUCUAGACCAACUUUAACUCAAACUGAAAUAUCUGAAAAAAUAGAAGACAUUACAUCAGAUAUUAACAAUCAUAUUUCUGAACAUAUAUUAAAGUCUGGAAGAAAAUCAUGUUUUGCAUUUCAAAAAGAAAAUAAAAAUGAUGAGGAAUCUAAAGCAAUGGUUGAAGAUGGCAUGAUUCCCCCAAUUGAUGGUGAAUCAAAAUCCAGUUCUAAAAUAAUUAGGCAAUCACCAGUAAGAAACCAAGAAAUCAAAAAUUUGUUGAAUGCUGAAAGUCUUGACAAGAAAAAAUUGAGUAGAUAUCAAUACAUUGAACUAAAUAGAUUGAAGAUUGAUAUGGUAGUGGGAAAAAGGAGGAGAAGCAAAAGUAUCAAUUCAGAUGAAGAAAAACCAUCAUUAUCAUCAGCUGCAAACCAAACUACUUCAGGCAGAAAUUCUACUAAACAUCAAGUAAAAUCAAUUCACUCUGACCAGAUGCCAUAUCGUCAUAAGUUUCUUGAUGUACGCAGUAGAUCUCUGAUUAGGCCCAAACUGGAACCUGUUUUAACUGAAGCUAACACACCUGAAAGCCCUGAGGGGUCCGUUGACGAAUCUUUGCUACAGGAUAAUACAUAUUCAUGUUCUAAAUGUUCGUUUACAUCAGAUAAAAAAAGAACUAUCAUCAAUCAUGAAUAUCAGCAUCAUAUUCUAACAAAUUCCUCCAUUUAUAAGUGUGCUUUUUGUAGUCAAACAUAUACUAGACGUUCUCUUAUUUUGCAUAUGAAAACUAUGCAUCCACAACAAAAAUAUAAUAUUUUAGACAAAGAUAUCGUAUACAAAUGUCCAGAAUGCGAUUAUUUAGCUGAUUCCAGUUUACUUUUAAGUCAGCAUGUGAAAUCUCACAAAUCUCUAACACUGGAGUGUCCAUAUUGUGAAUAUAAGUCUACACCCAAAGAUUUAAGCCUGCACAUAAAUAUUUGCAAGAUGAAUAAUACAAUUUUGAAAUGUUCAAACAUCAAUUUAGAAGAGCAGAUAGACAGCAAGCAUAAUUCUGGUAAAUUCAAUUGUGAAAUAUGCGCAUUUAGCUGUGACGAUGUUGAAUUGUUCAAUUUACACAAUUUACUACACGGCCAUUACAAAAAAAAGAUUUCAAAGUCUUGUCCGUAUUGUGGUCUUAGAACAACUGUGAAGAGCCUUGAAAAACAUAUGUACCUAAUUCACAACAUAGGAAUUGAAGGUGUCGAGAAAGAAGAAAAUGAUUUGACAACAUUAAAAUGUACUAAAUGCUCUUUUAGCACUAAACUGCCUGAAGAGCUAAAAUCACACAUGAAAAGUCAUAAUAAUUAUGAAAAAUUAGAAGAGGAUAUUUUCAAAUGCAAAAAAUGUUCUUUUGAGAAUGAUGUGCUGUCAGUCUUUCUUGAUCAUCAGUUGACACAUCAACCAAAUAACGAGAAAAAAACUAAAUAUAAUCCCAAUUUUUCUUUGAGUGAGCUUGAUGUGCAUAUGGAUAAACACAAAUACACAAGCUCCCAAGGUGCCUUAAAAUACCAAAGAAGUUUAUCUGAAAUGGAAAUCGCCUUACCUGAUGAGCUGAGCUUGAAACAAAAUUAUUUAAUUGAUCAUGACUAUUCAAAACUGCAAUUAGAUUGCGUGGAAGACGAUCCAGGAGCCCUUACAGCUGAUAACUCUCACUUACAAAACCAAACAUCUUGUCAAGCUCAGCUAAUAUCCCCGCAGGAACUUCCUUUACACAAACAAGUUCAUUCAAAAAAUGACAAUGAAAAUGACUACGUACCCACGAUGACGGAACACGAAAAGCAAAUUAAAACCGACGAUAAAAACGAUCACAAAUGUAAAUCAUCUGACCACAAAGAAGUUGAAAGUGUGUGUCGAAUGAAACAACUCGAUGUUCUCAACCGUGGCCCAUAUAGAUGCGACAAAUGUUCAUUUAGUGCCAGACUAAAGCAUUACUUGUUUCGUCACCAGAGAACGCAUCAACAAAAUCAACCAAUUGGAAUGUGUUCUUAUUGUCCUUUCAGGAGUACACGUAGACAACUCAGGGAUCAUGUGAGACGCAUUCAUGCAGGUGGGGCACGGUCUAAGAAAGCUCAAGUAAACAAUCCAGCUCAUGUGGGAGAAAUUUCCAAUAUUGAAAAUUCUCUCAAUAAUGUGCCCAUCAAUGGAGAAACAAACCCGCGUUUUUAUUGUUCGCAUUGUCCAUACUCCACUAACUUGAGGAUAAAAAUGAAUUCACAUAUUGAAAAAGAACAUCUCAAUUCAGUUCAAAGAGACGCAGUAGAUAGCAGUAGUUUAUCUCUUGGUUCAAAACCUACUUCACACAUUUUCAAUUGCCCAUUGUGCCCAUUCACCACUGAUUUGAGAAUUAAACUCAAUCGCCAUGUGAAGAAAGCACAUCCAAGCGUCAAAUUAAUUAAUUGUACUAUUUACCAGUGUACUUUUUGUUCUUGGAGGACAUCAGUAGAAGCCCUAUUGAAAAGACAUAGGAAUGCCCACUUUUUAUAUAACCUACCGAUUUUCAUGUGUCAAUACUGCAACUUUAAAGGCAGUAAAAAUCACGUUAUUCGAUUUCACAGUUAUUGCACCUUGCCGCCAAAAUGUCGGACACUACCGCCACUAAGAGUGGCGUUGAAUUGUCCAAUUUGUUCUUUUUCUUGCUAUUAUCCUGCUGAUCUCAAAAGGCAUGCACAUGAUCAGUGCCAAAAUUUCGAAAAGCCUUAGAGGAGUUAUGAUUUAAAAAAAAAAAUGUACUUUAUUGAAUUGUCUUAAUACGUGAGGUGAAGAUUCAUCAUAAAAGAACAAGCUCAUCAUGAAAUGUGAACGAAGAAACCGAAACAUCUUGCAGUUUCUCUCUUUUCCAUUUUCCCCCGCAACGCAACAUUAUGCAAGGAAACCUUAAAAGUUUUGAAUCGGCUACCAAAUCAAAUAUUUAAAGCACUCAUGGAUUGUGUAUUAUUUCCUUUCCAAACCACAAAAUGCGAUGGAAUGCGGGAUUUGUUUUUCAAAAUAUGUAAAAUAAGAAAAAUCUUCUUUUCUGAUGGCUUAUUGUAUCUUCGAGUUUCGAUGAUAUUGAGUGCUAUGAAUAAAAACGAAGUACUUUUGCUACUACUACAAGUAUUAGUAUAUUCUACGCAGUAUUUACUUCGAAAAGAAGCAUUUAAUAAUUUUCACUGGUUUCGAAGUGUAGUAUCUUCUUCGUUUUUAAGUAGAUACUACGGAGAAUCUACUAAUACUUGUAGAAGUAGCAGAUACUUCGUUUUUAUUCAUACCACCCAUUGACACACAAAGACAAUAAUUCAAAAUGAUGUAUCAUUUUGAUGGGUAAAAUGUAAUUUUUUUUGUAGCUAUCAAGGCUGUAUUUAAUCUGUAUUCAAUUUCAUUUAAAUAAGAUGCUUAUGCAGCUUUUGUAUCUUAGGUAUUUGUUUUAUUCUUAUUUAUUUUGAACAAUUGAGAUUUAAGUAGUUCACUAUAAUUCAUUAGUUUUCAUUUGAUUUAUCAGUUGAAAAGUUUUUUCUGUAUUUAAUUUAAUUAGAUGUUUAUGUACAAGAUGAUUUAUGUAGCCCAUGCAUUAACUUGCUGAUUAGAUGCUAUUUCUUUCUGCACCUGCUAACUGAAAAACUUCGAAUGCCCGGGCUACGUAAAUCCGGGCGUAUUGUAUAUUAGAUUUUUUUUUUUAAAUCAUUUGGAAUUUUUUCAUUAUUAAAGAAAUAAAAAAUUGUCAA